UCUCUCUCUCCUUUCCUCCCUCUCUCUAUCUCUCUCUGUCUCUCUCCAGAGUACGCACUCCCCGCACUUCUCCGCGCUUUCCUUCGCGCGAAGUAACAGCGUGGGCUGCUUCGCUCUGUUCCAUGGCGGCGCUUCCGACGGAUGCGGAGCCGGCGGCGUCGGCGGCGGCGGAUCGGAUGGUCAAGAUCGAGAUGGAGGCGGCGGAGGCCCUGGCCGGCCUGGCGCAUUUCACCUCGCGGCGGAGCGCCGGAGGCUCCGGCGGGAAAUGGGGGCGCGGGGCCAGGAGGAUGACGAAGCGAGCCAAGAGCGAGUCGCCGCCGGCGCCGCAGCCGCAGCCGCAGCCGCAGCGGCGGACGCCGAGUCGGUCGGCGUUGGAGCCCGGUCCCGCCUGCGGCUCGGCGGCUCGGCGCGCGGAUCCUCCCGAGGAAUCCUUGUGCGAGCAGCAGCUUGAAAACAUGAGUGUUAAUGUAGUGGCAGAGCAAGUGAAGGCUGAAGAGGACACUGAUCUGUUAAAUGGUGGGAGCAACAUGUGCAGCACAAGUUACUUGUCCCUAGGUGUCAGCCGUUCAAGACAAAAUCUAAACGAGGCUGAAAAAGAAGAGAAGAGGCUUCGGCGGGUGUUAGCAAACAGGGAAUCAGCAAGGCGUACGAUUCGCCGGCGGCAGGCUUUAUGCGAAGAACUGACCAGGAGAGCUGCUGAGCUUACUCAAGAAAAUGAGAAGCUAAAGAAAGGAAAGGAGUCAGCUUUGAGAGAGUAUCAGUUACUGGAGACUACAAAUAAGCAGCUUAAAGCACAGAUGGCAAAGUCAAUGACGCUGGAGGAAGAGGUUACACCACCAGCUGAGCGAAGGCAAGCACCUGCUCAGAUGUCUACUCCACAGGUAAAUUGCCCGUUGCUGUGGUAUAGGAGUCCAUUUGCACCACUUUUCUGGCCUCCAGUGUUUCAAUCAACAAACACGGGCCAAUCACAAGAGGGUCCUCUUGGUACUCCUGGUGUCUCACCAAGUGCAACAGUGCCAGCGUUUUGCAAGCUCAAUACAUUUCAUGAACAAGAAACCUUGACAAACGAGUCUAUACCAAGGCCUCCUUUGUAUAUAUUCCCAUGUCCGUGGUUCUUCACUGUUCCCGAUCCAGGAAGUGUGCAGCACCAGGAGGCUUCUUGUUGCCCCAGAGAUAAAGAAGAUGAAGACUCCACAACAAACCAAGUCAGCGAUAAUUCUUCCAGAACUGUCACACAGACCGAGGAUAGCAAUUCCCAUGUGCCUAUCGUGGUCAAGUCAGAAGCUUCUAGCCCCACCAGAUGCAGAAUAAAGAAUGAUCUUAAUGAAAUCCCAGUCGAGUCUCCAUCGGAUGGGGGUGACCUGCAUGAAGAAGUGACUCCUACACCUGCGCUCCCAAGUUCCAUCGGGACUGGAUCUUGUGUCAAACAUGAGAAUGGAAUAAGUGAGGACCUUGCCGCUCCUAAAUGUGAAGUAAUUUCCUCGAGUGUUAGUGACGCAUCUUUUGUCAGGAAAGAGAAUCAUCAACAAUUGGAUGCAUACACCAGAAAGAAGCUAGCUGAUGCGGUUGCGGCAGCAGAGGCGAGGAAAAGGAGGAAAGAGAUCACGAGGCUAAAGAGCAUCCACGGCCGUCAAUGUCGGUUGCUCUGUUGAAAUUCUCGGAAGGAUUGUGAAAUAGGAUGAGAAAAAUAAAAACUAGGCCAGAAGAGGGUUCAGUUUCUUUGGUAUUUACCGUGACCAUGAGUUCCGUCACAAGAUGACGUGGUUGAGCUUCUUCUUACCUCGGCGCUCUAAUGCCAAGCUAAGUCGGUUUCUUCUCUAUUUUUGGCAUGAGAAGGUACGGGAGAGAGAGAGAGUCUUUCAGCGCCCUUUUAUUUGGAGGCAAAGCCUGAAAGGUGUGAGUUUUGCUUAUCGUGACUUUUUGAGGCUGAAUUAACACGAGCAGAGAAGAGAAAGAUGACUAAAGAUAGCACAUUGAAGUCUUGCUUCAGAUUGUAGUAGAAGCUAAUGUAUGGAUAGUUGGAUACCCACGCAAGUUUUGCUUUUUUGCA